AUGCCUCCAAAGAAACGAUCCAACAAGUCUGCUGCUGCUGCUCAUCCAAGAAAAAAAGCCAAGGUUGGCGCAAUAUUCAGCGGCAUCUCAAGAGCUGGACCUGGAGAUGUUGACAUUGGUAGUAUGGCGCCGGAUGUGGCUGGCGGUCCCUCUGUAUCCUUCAAAGUGGCCAGCAUUUUCUCAGACGAUCAUAAUGUUGCAAAUGACUCUGGCGACAUCAUCACAGAGUCUGUCACAAAUCUAUCUGAAACCGUCGCACCAAUUCCUUCCCCCAUCCCAGCUGUGCAACUCGGCACCUUCUGUCACUACUGUUGUGACCAAGUAUCCCCUGCUCAACAACACGAUUGCGUGGAGUGCGGCGCCGUCGUGUGCGAGCAAUAUCUUGCCCGAAGCAGCGGGUGCAUAUUUCUGAAGACUAUUGAGGUCGGAAAAUCCGAGUUCCUCUGUCCCCAAUGCGCCAGGACAGGAGAUGAGAGGAACUCGCCCUUAAGAUAUGCUUUCAUCGGAUUUGGUAGGCGGAAGAAGGUGAAGAUGAUGUGGCCCAUGGCCAUUGUCAAUCUCAACCUAGAGUCUAUGAAGGACGACUAUCUUGCGAAAACAGUUGUGCUGGAUGUCGAAAAUCACUUCAGAUCGUUCAAACAAAACUUGUUCACAUCUACCUUACACAUGCGUGGUGGCGCCCACGUGUCUGAGUCCAGGAAGCUUGCACCUGGGGUAGAGUUCUUCAGGGGGAACAUUGCAGCUGGUUUCCCGCCCAACACCUUCAUCAUCGUCGACACCCAUUCCGACGAAUACACGGGCAUGUUGCAGCACACCGGUGGACAUUCUGGUGGCACCAACACCACCAUCACCGAAAUCCUGACUGCCUACCUUGGGGCGGACUUCUUGGAAAUGAUGAAGAAGUCUUCUGAUGCUGCCAGGAGCGACACCACUGAGAUCAAGACUCUGAGGGGCAAUACGCCUUGGUGCAAACUCACUCCCAGUGCUAGAGGUGGAUGGAGAGGACUGUUUAUGGUGAGCUGCGGCCCUGCUAUCAGGGUGAGCCACCACUUCUUCGCUGUGAAGGAAUUGGUCCAGAAGAACGUCGUCGACUUCGUUCUGGCGUUCGGAGGAUCCGGCACCUUGCCAUCAAUGAUAGCCAGCAUCGUCCGUACAUUCAUUUCAGAUAUCGGCGUCUUUGGUAAGACCGACAUUUGGUCAGCCGUUUGUGACAUGUUGGCCUCGUCCAACGACUUUUUGGACUACACUACCGCAGUAGUCGUGUUCGCCAGCACAAUCGAUGGCAGGCGCAUUGUGGAAUGCCGUCAAAUUGGCAAGGACAUUGCAGGUCUUCGUGCGUUUGGAUACGAGUUUAAAUCCUGUCCGACUCCAGGGUGUCAGCCUACUCCGGCGGACAUGCGUGUAUUCAAUAAUGGCCCGAAGGUUUCGCUUCGAUGCUUGAAAUGCACCUGGAGGUCCACAGGUGUUAGGAAUGACGAAGAAAACCAGCACUUCAAGAAGGUCAACAAGGUGGUCGCACCUCAGCUCUUCUGGCAUCAUUUCCCUGCCUCUUACGGCCUGCAAAACUUUUUCGUGGAGCUCACCGACAGCGCCAACAAAGCAAAGGCUAAGAGUGCUGAGAGGGGGAUGAAGAGCAAACGUCAGUUGCAGGCUGACAUGCUGGAAGACGCAAAUAUGCUUGAGGUCAACAAGCAUUAUGGCUCCAUGGUGAUUGAUGGCUGA